UGAGGUUAUCGUUAGUGCUGUCUUUACCCAUGUUCAUUCUGAAGGGAAGCAACUGUUUUCUUUUGGUAUCUCACAUUUCAGAAUGCAUAAUUUCAACAUAUGCAGUGAAUGUUGAGGUUGGUCAGGUAUUGGUGGUCAGCAGAAUAAAGAAGUUUGUAGAGCAACUGCUCACUUGCCACAAUCAAAUAGAGGCGCCAGGUCGCAGUGGACCACCUACCAAGCCUCAACAGGAAAACAAAUUAGAGUAAGGUGAGCUGCAAUGGCUGGAAACUGGAUACCAGAGGAUGUGUUGAUGGAUACUGAUCUUAUAAAGGUUUUAGUGGAUGUGGCAAAAGACUCGGCCCUUCUAAAUGGAGUGUUGAUGCGGACUAAAGAGACACCCAACUCAUCCGAGGUGGUGACCUAUGCACCAUUCACACUCUUUCCCUCGCCGGUACCCAAGGCUAUAUUCCACCAGGCUCUAACAGUACAAACACACUUUAACCGACUGGUUGACAAGAUCAGCCAGGAUUCAAACUUUCUGGAAGAGGCUCUGGCCAGCACCAUUAAAGUGGAUAAUUUCACUGAGAGGUUGUUCAACAUAUACAGACAUGUCUUGCAGGAAGGCAGGACCCAGUCUAUUGUUUUGGGUCUGAAUCGCUCUGACUACAUGCUGGACCAAAAGGAAGAUGGGAGCGCCUCCCUGAAGCAGAUAGAGAUCAACACCAUUGCAGCCAGUUUUGGUGGUCUCUCGUCACGCACACCAAACAUUCACCGACACGUCCUGAAAGUGGCUGGUCGGUUGGAGGAGUGUAAACGUAUCCUGGAUAACAACCCGUCUGCUGGCCUGGCCGAGGGCUUAUCUAAGGCCUGGGACCUCUAUGGCUCAGAGAGGGCUGUCAUAUUGUUUCUGAUCGAAGAAGUUCAAAGAAACAUCUACGACCAUCGAUAUGUGGAGAAUGAACUAUGGAAGAGGAACAUUCCUGUUAUACGACGGCAGUUUGAAGAUGUAUGUAAAACUGGAUGCCUUGAUCAGAAUAAAAGGCUCUUUGUAGAUGGACGGGAAGUGGCUAUAGUAUAUUUCCGCAAUGGAUACAUGCCACAAAACUACACAGAACAGAACUGGGAGGCUCGUCUCAUGAUAGAGCGUUCUCUGGCUGUGAAGUGUCCAGACAUAAGCACCCACCUGGCUGGCACCAAGAAGGUCCAACAGGAACUGUGCAGACCUGGUGUUCUUGAGAGGUUCUUCCCCGGUGAACCGGAUGUUGUGGAGCAAAUCCGGGCCACCUUUGCCGGGCUGUACACCCUAGAUAUGGGUCCGGAAGGUGACAAGACUGUGGCUAUGGCUUUGGCAAAACCAAACCAGUUUGUUCUGAAGCCACAGAGGGAAGGUGGGGGCAACAACAUCUAUGGAGCUGAGAUCUGUCAUGUACUAGAGGGUGUGAAGAACAGCACUGAGAGGAUGGCCUAUAUUCUGAUGGACAAGGUUCAGCCCCGCCCUGUACACAACUACCUUCUAAGGCUGGGGUCACCUCUCAAACUCAGCACCUGCCUAAGUGAACUAGGCGUGUUUGGGGUUUAUGUCAGGCAGGGCCAAGACAUGGUGCUGAAUGAGUGUGCUGGACAUCUGCUGAGGACCAAGAGUGAUGAACACUCCGAUGGAGGUGUGGCUGCUGGGGUGGCAGUGCUAGACAAUCCCUUCCUCGUCUGACCUACACUGCACUUUGCCCCAUUCCUAAUAGAACUGCAGGAUGGUAAUACAAUGUGAAACACACAAGGCCUUCUUUGACCAAAGAUACACUGCUGCUCCCCGUUCAUUUUAGAUUUUUGCUGGACCGCGUAACUGGAGCCAGCCAAGAGCAAAUGUCACUGACUGACUGAGUGACUGACCUUCGGACUAAGUGACCGACUGAGUGACCGACUGAGUGACCGACUGAGUGACCGACUUAUGGAGUGACCGACUGAGUGACCGACUUAUGGAGUGACCGACUUAUGGAGUGACCGACUUAUGGAGUGACUUACGGAGUGACUGACGGAGUGACUGACGGAGUGACUGACGGAGUGACUGACGGAGUGACUUACGGACAGAUUGAGUGACUGACUGACUUUGGUAACUACAUAUAGUACGUUUAUGGUUAUGUUGCGAUGAACGAA